CUCCGGGGCGCGGCAAAUUCGUCAUGGCUGGUACAUUUUCUCUGGAACCCUGCUCUACCUCUAGUUCGUGUAACCACCAGGGCAAGCGGAGCGAGUCUUCGCUGCUGGAGAAGCGGCUGUCGGAAGAUUCGAGCCGCCAUUGGCGGCUGCAGAAGUGGGCGAGCAUGUCGAGCGCAGACGCGUCGAGGACACUGCUGGAGAGGCGUGAGGAGAAGGCUGCCGCGGCGGAGAACCCGCUGGUGUUCCUGUGUACGCGCUGUCGCCGGCCGCUGGGCGACUCGCUCACCUGGGUGGCUAGCCAGGAGGACACCAACUGCAUCCUGUUGCGCAGUGUCUCCUCUAACGUCUCUGUGGAUAAGGAACAGAAACUGUCCAAGUGCAGAGAUGAAGAUGGUUGCAUCCUUGAGACGUUGUACUGUUCAGGCUGCUCCCUCAGCCUUGGCUAUGUGUACAGAUGCACUCCCAAGAACCUGGAUUACAAGAGGAACUUGUUCUGCCUCAGCGUUGAAGCCGUUGAAAGUUAUACCUUAGGGUCCUCUGAACAGCAAAUCGUGUCAGAAGAGGAAUUUUUCAAUCUUGAAAGCAGAGUUGAAAUAGAGAAGUCUAUAAAGCAGAUGGAGGACGUCCUGACAGUCAUGCAAGCGAAGCUGUGGGAGGUGGAAUCAAAACUGUCCAAGGCUGGCCGGUACAGCUGAGCUGGCUCCGUGCCCGCCAUGGCCACCCUGUUCCUAACAUGCUGUUCCUCUGCCCUUACUGUAGGAGAAGAGGUAACUGGUGUCCUUAUGUGAACUUUAAAGCCAGUUCAGGAUACAUGCUGGAAUGGGAUUUGGAUGUUUUAAUUUUAAUAUAAAAAACUGAGGUGAUUUCCUGUCUUCUUUUUCUAUUAAAUAUGUGUAUGUGUGUGUGUAUGUAUGUAUGUAUGUGUGUAUUUUUUGAUCUUUUAAAAACUUUGUUACUUUAAAUACUUUGAAUAUUUAAGAAUAGAGAGAAGAGGGGUUGGGGAUUUAGCUCAGCGGUAGAGCGCUUGCCUAGCAAGCGCAAGGCCCUGGGUUCGGUCCCCAGCUCCGAAAAAAAGAAAAAAAAAAAAAAAAAAAAAAAA